UUAAGAGCAAAGUUGACCACCAAGCAAUUCAAUUAAAGAGCUAUCUAUUGCAUGUGGUCGGUGAAGUUAUAGAGGAAGAUCAAGAAAGCUUAAGGACUCAAAAAUGGAGUCGUCAUCAUCAUCAUCAGCAGCAGCUAAGGACGUCAACAAAGAAACGGUUGUUUACUCUGCCUACAAUCCAUGCCAUGUUCUUGAAGAAGCUCUAAGGGCUAUUUUGAAGUGUUUGGGUGUUGAUACUAAAGAACAAGAGGAAUCUUCAAGCUCAGACCAAAAAGAUGAGAACAUCAAUGGAACAAAUGCCCAAGACCCUUCUUCAACCACUGAAGAGGUUUCAGAAAUUCCCUCAUCAACGGACCCUGAUCCUCCAUCUUCAACAACAGACCCUGAAUCUGAUCCUCCUUCAAGCACAGCAACCGCUGAAGUUGCCGCGAGUACAGUUGCCGUGAGAGCGCCUCCAAGGCCACCAUUAAGCACUGGGAGUGGUCCUCAAAUUAAUUAGGUUAUGUUCUCCCCUCAACGUAACCUUCUCAAUUUAAAAGAUCGAUCUGUGGGCCAAAAAGCUAGCUAGAAUUUACAAUGGCUACCUCCAAUAUUUCUCUUUAUGUUUCCUUUGAUUUUCCCUUUAUUUGGCUUUGCUUAUGUAAGAUAAAGAGUGAAAAAGAGACAGUGUGUAAAAAUGUAGGAGCUGCCAUCCAUGGUUGUAUGCAUGGCUUGCAAAUCUGAAACCAAUAACAAAUGAAUUAUGUUGAUUAUGUAA